CCUUCUCUGGUGAAGCCUGUUCCUGAAAUGAUCUCUGUCAUGAACAGCCAGGGCUCAGCACAGAAAGCAGGGACACUGCUGCUGCUAGUGGUGUCAAACCUGCUGUUCUGUCAGAACGUGCACCCGCUGCCCAUCUGUCCCAGUGGGGACUGCAAGAUGUCCCUCCAGGACAUGUUUGACCGCCUGGUCAUGCUGUCUCAUUACAUCCAUAGCCUCUCUUCAGAAAUAUUCAUCGAAUUUGAUCAACGUUAUGCCCAAGGCCGUGGAUUCAUUGCCAAGGCCAUCAAUGGCUGCCACACUUCUUCUCUCCCUACGCCAGAGGACAAAGAACAAGCCCAACAGAUCCCCCCGGAAGUCCUGCUGAAACUGGUAAUCAGCUUGUUGCAUGCCUGGAACGACCCUCUUUACCAACUAGUGACUGAAGUUGGUGGUAUCCAUGAAGCCCCUGAUGGUAUGGUGUCAAGAGCCAAAGAAAUUGAGGCACAAAUCAAACAACUCCUGGAGGGAAUUCAGAAGAUAAUUGGCCAGGUCCAUCCAGGAGCCAAUGAAAAUGAGAUCUACUCUGUGUGGGCACAACUUCCAUCCCUGCAGGCAGCUGAUGAAGAAUCCCGGCUCUUUGCCUUUUACAACCUGCUCCACUGCCUGCGCAGGGACUCCCACAAGGUUGACAAUUAUCUCAAGAUCCUUAAGUGCCGAAUUGUCUAUCAAAACAACUGCUAAGACCAUAUCCAUCCUGAGUACUUCUGAGAUGGUCCAUAACUAGCUACUCCUGCAAAUCUUUACGCUGCACUGCUUUCAAUGCAUGCUUGGGCACAAUGGGUCUCUUCUUUAAAAAAAAUAAAAGCUAACUUUUAAAAU